ACUGCCAGUUCAUUCCUUUGCUUACAAAGGGAAAAAAAUACUUUCUGUAAGAACAACGCUGGGCAGGGUGUGUCCGGAUCAAAUAAAGCAGCUUUUACAACAUGGGGUGAAUAACUUCAAAGUUACACCAUGUAACUUUUGGCCCUCUAGCAGUUAAAAAAAUAAAACGGCUUGUGUCUCGCGGAAGGACAUUAUUUAGUUGUGCUUCAGCUUUGCUCCUCUGCGCGGAUGAAUGUGGUUCGAGUACACGUGAAUACAGGACAUCUUAUCAAAGCAAAUGGACAAAUAAAAUAAUGAAAGGAAAAGAUGGAUAUCCGAAAACAUGUCAUCUGAGCAGGAAUAUAUGCCGCCAAAAAGAAAUCAUUUGCUGUGCUUGGGGAUCAGUGCGGAGUCUGGCUUGAAAAAACAGUUGCUCUGGGGGCUGAUGGUGCUGCAGUUAAUAUUGGUAGCAAAGGCGGAGUUAUAGCCCUUUUACAGAAAGAUGCAGGGGAUUUCAUCAUACCCUUUCACUGUAUGCCACACAGAUUGGAAUUGGCCAUGUUGUCGGUCCAGAAGGACAAUGCAAUGAUCCGUCAAGUGUAUGAUAUGCUUCAUUUGGUGUGGAAGACCUAUCAUUUUAGUCCAAAAUCAAUGAGGGAGCUGAAAGACAUUGGAGAGGACCUGGGAGUGGAUGUGUUAGUCCCUGGUGGGGUUAAAGGAACACGAUGGCUUCCACAUGUCUCCAGGGCCCUGGAGACCUUCCUCAGACCCGGACAGAAUGACCAUCAAGGCCAGUUCACUACAGUCCACUGUCAUAUGGACCAUUUGGCAGGGUCCUCUGCCAAUGCAGAUGUUGCAGGCCGAGCCACAAAGGUCAAGAAAUCAAUAGAAGAUGGCACUUUUGUGGCUUUUUGUCACUUUCUGGCUGAUGUUUUUGCUGGAAUAACGAAGUUUAGUCUCCUACUUCAGAAAAAUGAGACCAUCCUACCUCAAGCAGUUUGUGCUCUUGAUAAUCUGCUGGUGACCACAGAGGUAAUGGCUGCAAGACCUAAGCCUGGCGGCAAACUGUCCCAGUUCCUGGCUGACCUUAGGCUACAGAAGAGGCAGCAGGAUGAGCAGGGUCAUGGUGAAAUGCCAAUAUACAAAUUCCAGACAGUUGCACUGAAAGGUGAAGUGUCUAAACUGGCAGAAGAUGGUACUGCUAACACUAAACUUCAAAGAGCAAUGGAGGCAACAAUCAAAUCCACUGUCAAACAUUUGAAAGCAAGAUUCUGUAGCCUCCUAGGAGAGAAUGAUGCCAACUCUGCCACAACCAAGGCUGUCAAAUGCUUCAACAUCUUCAAUUAUGACAGCUGGCCUGAAGACCAAGAGGAAUUAGUGGACCAUGGUGCUGAUGACCUUGCAUUCCUCUUGGAUCACUUCUCCCCUGUUCUCACAAGAAAUGGUGUCAACACUGAGCUGGCAAAAGAAGAGUUUGUGGACCUGAAGCUGUUAAUCACCAGGAUGUUCAAGGACAAGACCUAUCUCAACCUUUGGGAGCUGAUGUUAACCAGAGAGCCAUACAGUUCAGAGUACAAGAACAUAUUGCACCUUGUCCACAUUCUGCUGGUCCUCCCUGUGUCAUCUGCUGUUUGUGAGAGAGGUUUCUCUUCACAGAAGAGAAUCAAAUCAGAUACCAGAGCAUCCCUUCACACAGACACAGUGGAAGAUCUGAUAAGAAUCAGUGUGGGGCCCAGUUUGGAGGAUUUUGAUGCUAGGAAGAGUGUGGCAAGCUGGUUUAGCCAAGGCCAAAGGGCAAGAAGGCCAAGUUACAGGUGUUGGCCAUCUGAGGGGCAUGCGACAGCAAGGGGGGACCCGCUAUGACUUUGAGCCAUGAAAUGUUAGGUCUCAGUUCAGGGAAGUGUUGAAAUGUUUUAUUUUGCUUAAAUGUUUUUAGUUUGGAAGCUCAGUGAAGCACUUUAAACAUUUUUUUUUAUUUUUUUAAAAAAUAUUUUUAUUUUUAUAUGCAGCAUAAUUGUGCUUCAAAUAAAAAAAGU